AUGAUUCCCUCACAACAGCCGCAGUGCGAGACGUUUAUUCAACGUCGUCUGGCACGCAACCCAGGUUUAGCUUACAAGUUGCACCAGAUGGCACUUCCACUAUCUCCUCUUGUCCAGCUCACCACUGGCGCUAUUCAUCCAGAUUUCCCCCGAACCGUUCUUCAGUUUUGGCUGUUGACAGAUGCGCAACUGGAAAGCCUGGCUCAUUUCUACCACCAGAAAUCACCCUCACCUUGGACGUCUCAAUACCCUUGUCCCAUAGUCUGGCGCUCUGACGUUUCUCUAGAGGAGAAGCGUCGUAGAAUGGGCAAGUUCAUCGGUUUAAGGGGCUGCGAUUCACCGGCAUGGCUCAAAUCAGAAGACGAGAUUGCUGCGGAGUCACGGCUAGCUAGUAUGGUUGCCCAACAAGAAGAAACUUGGAGAAGAAAGGUUCACCCUUGGUGA